AACACACACACACACAAAAAAAAACAUUCAUCAAUUGAUCAAACACAAAACCAACUAAUAUAAACUAUGAUGAUCAUGAAGAUGAUGAUUAUCAUCGCCACAUUCUUCAUAUAUCUCGCAACCGCACUCCACGGAGACAAUCUCCAAGACAUGUGUCCUUCUAACAUCGUUAAGGGAAUAUUCCUUAACGGUUUUCCUUGCAUAAACCCCGCUAAUGUCACUGCCUCCGACUUCAAAUCCUCCAUAUUGAGUCAACCAGGCGAGUUCGAUGACUUCACUCGCUCCUCGUCCUCUUUGUUAACCGCCGCCGAGUUCCCCGGCCUCAAUACGCUUGGCCUUGCUGUCGGUCGAACCGAUCUCGAAAUCGAUGGCAUUGUCACCCCACACACCCACCCGAGAUCCUCGGAGAUGAUUUUCGUCGCAAAAGGAAAAGUGGCUGUGGGAUUUAUCGACACACAAAGCGUGAUAUUCCAGAAGGUUCUCGAAGAAGGGGAAGUGUUUGUUUUUCCGAGGGGGCUUCUACAUUAUUAUGUGAAUACGGGAUUUGGGACAGCCACUCUAUUCUCGAUGUACAAUAGUCAAAAUCCGGGUAUGUGGAGCAUUGUCGGGGGAAUAUUUCAACAAGAGGAAUUGAUAAAGAAGAAGCUAGUUUCACUCUCGACAUCGGGAGCAGAACGUGUUGAAAAUGUUGACGUAUUCGCCUUUUAAUUAAUCUUCUUCGAGUAUAUUUGUUUUCUUUGGUGAAAUAAAUAUAAAUUGUAUUUGCAAUGUUCUAAUUAUAUGAUUUACAUAUUUAGUAUGUACAUGUGUUAGAUAUAUAAAAAUUUGGUUUAUUAUGAAACUAUUGACUCAAUAACACUAGUUACUUUGAUGGUUUUACAUAUUCACUCAAUUGGGAUGUAUUUUUAACAAAAA